AUUUUCCAUUGAAAAUUCAUAUCAUAAAAUAAGCACUUUAAAAAUCUCACCUGGUCUUUGAUCGUAUCGUCCAUGUUAUCUAUGUCAGUUUUAGUAUAAAUAUCGAAUUAAAAUAAAAAUAAAAAUAUUAUAAAAGUUGUUUUUGAUAAUUAACUAACUAGGACAAUAUGCGUACUAUUUUUGCUUUGGCUUUUUUGGCGUUGGCCUCAGCUGGCCCAUUGAAAGAUGAACCUACUGAAGUGAUCGCCGCUAAAAAAUUUAUCAAUGAAUGCGUCAAAAAUGUAUUAAUUAAUGGACUCCCAGAAAUCAAUAUCCCAAGCCACGAACCACUAAAACUAAACGUAAACAUUACUUAUGGUAACUUUGGAAUCCCAAACAUUUUUGAAAAAUUUUACAUACAUAUUAACAACGCCGUAAUAGAGGGAAUUCCAGAAUUUGAACUCAUCGAACUCGUGUCUCACCCAGAAAAUAACCCAAAUGGAGUUUUCUUUGACUAUACCAUUUCCUGGAAAUCCAUGGUUAUCAAGAACGAUUGGGAAUUGAUUGUCUUGGGAUGGAAAUACGCUGAAGGACAACAAAAUAUUUAUUUGAUCGACACUACUAUCUCUGGAACCUGGAACAUGACCAAUGCCCAGAGUAUGCAACAAUCCCUGGAUGCCUUAACAGCUAACAUUAAAAUUCGAGAUGUUGAAUUGGUCUUGGACAACACCAAACAAGAUAUAUUUGCGAUGAGUUUUGGACGUGUCAUCAACCAGGCCCUGAACAUUCCAGCUGUCAGCGAGGCUUUAUCGGCUGGUCUCUUAAACAAAUUCAACGUAGACUGGUUGCAAAAAGGUGAACGAAUCGACGCCAUGUUGAACUACUGCUGGCCAAAAUAUUAAGCACAUUUAAUGUAUAAUAUAAUUAAUAUACUAAGUAAAAAUAAACAUUUUAUUAUUGUUUUAUUAAUACAUAUAUCGCACUUCCAGUAUUACAAAACCAAAGACGAACCUACUGAAGUGAUCGCCGCUAAAAAAUUUAUCAACGAAUGCGUCAAAAAUGUAUUAAUUAAUGGACUCCCAGAAAUCAAUAUCCCAAGCCACGAACCACUAAAACUCAACGUAAACUUUACCUAUGGUAACUUUGGAAUCCCAAACAUUUUUGAAAAAUUUUACAUACAUAUUAACAACGCCGUAAUAGAGGGAAUUCCAGAAUUUGAACUCAUCGAACUCGUGUCUCACCCAGAAAAUAACCCAAAUGGAGUUUUCUUUGACUAUACCAUUUCCUGGAAAUCCAUGGUUAUCAAGAACGAUUGGGAAUUGAUUGUCUUGGGAUGGAAAUACGCUGAAGGACAACAAAAUAUUUAUUUGAUCGACACUACUAUUUCUGGAACCUGGAACAUGACCAAUGCCCAGAGUAUGCAACAAUCCCUGGAUGCCUUAACAGCUAACAUUAAAAUUCGAGAUGUUGAAUUGGUCUUGGACAACACCAAACGCGAUAUAUUUGCGAUGAGUUUUGGACGUGUCAUCAACCAGGCCCUGAACAUCCCAGCUGUCAGCGAGGCUUUAUCGGCUGGUCUCUUAAACAAAUUCAACGUAGACUGGUUGCAAAAAGGUGAACGAAUCGACGCCAUGUUGAACUACUGCUGGCCAAAAUAUUAAGCACAUUUAAUGUAUAAUAUUAUUAAUAAACUAAGUAAAAAUAAACAUUUUAUUAUUGUUUUAUUAAUAUAUCGCACUUCCAGUAUUUCAAAACCAAAGGGUGAAGGUAAAUUUCUUCUGA